GAGGGCUUGAUGCUUAUCGGUGGCGUGUGUGCACCUUGCUGUGUGCGCCGGAGUUUAGUCCAGUCAUUCGAUGAUAAUCGGCUUGGAUACACCGCCGUCCGUCCAUAGAGGCGAGAGACAUCAUAUCAGGUGAUGUGCUAUCAGGCUUAUGAUCUGUGCCAUGAUGCAAAAAGGCCACGAUCUUUCGCUAUACGAAGCGUCGCUCACAUCGGGCGCACGGUGGUCGACUCCGACGUUGUCGUUCUAUCGAGCGCCACCACUGCGCCACGAGGAGCACGACCUGCCAGUCAAAUUGCCGGGCGCACGACUGCCAUGCACUCCGCUCAACUGGUGUCUAGGAAGCGACGUAGUUAAUGAGCGCGUUGCCUCUCCAUCUUUUCCGGCAUCUCGACUUUUGUUCAAAUGCCAAGGCAAGUGGCGCAAUUUCAAGAUCAGGCUAGCGGCAUAUUUGGCAUCAGUUCCUCACAGCAAGCACUUUGCAGUCUUUAUACUGCUGCGACCGGUUCGAAUACCGGUGGACGGUAACGUUCGCGUCACCGCCCGUUCGCAUAAUUUUUGGAACCCCCUCUUCUUCGUGAAGAGAUGUUUCUUUCGUGAUGCGUUCAGUUCCCUUCGUGAUACUGUUCCGGUAUGGUGAGUAUAUCCGUGUUCGUUGGUAUGUAUAUAGGAUUAGUUACGGACCUUAUUGUGCCAUGUAUGUCAACGUCAUGUGCUGAGAUUCUCAAUGAAC